ACGUUCAGUGCCAACGUAACAUCGUUCACUCACAGUUACGUCAGAACGUUAACCGAAGGGAAGUCAUCAUGGAAGACAUCGGGGUAACUGUGGAGAAGAGCCAGGAGGACAUCCCUGUCAUGCAUAGUUCCAGACCCCAGACAGGUCUCUCUUUCCUGGCUCCAGAACCUGAGGACCUUGAGGACCUUUACAGUAGAUACAAGAAGCUGCAGCAGGAACUGGAGUUUCUGGAGGUGCAAGAGGAGUAUAUCAAAGAUGAACAGAAGAACCUAAAGAAAGAGUUCCUCCAUGCUCAGGAGGAGGUGAAGAGGAUACAGAGUAUACCCCUGGUCAUUGGCCAGUUCCUGGAAGCUGUGGACCAGAACACAGCCAUUGUGGGCUCCACAACAGGUUCCAACUACUAUGUGCGUAUCCUGAGCACCAUAGACAGGGAGCUGCUGAAGCCCAAUGCCUCGGUGGCCCUGCACAAGCAUAGCAAUGCCCUGGUGGAUGUGCUUCCACCAGAGGCUGACAGCAGCAUCAUGAUGCUCACUUCAGAUCAGAAGCCUGAUGUUAUGUACGCUGACAUUGGAGGGAUGGACAUCCAAAAGCAGGAAGUGAGAGAGGCGGUGGAGCUACCACUUACACACUUUGAGCUCUACAAACAGAUUGGCAUUGACCCACCUAGGGGCGUUCUCAUGUAUGGCCCCCCAGGCUGUGGGAAGACCAUGCUAGCCAAGGCUGUGGCUCACCACACUACAGCGGCUUUCAUCCGUGUGGUUGGCUCUGAGUUUGUGCAGAAAUACCUGGGGGAGGGGCCUCGUAUGGUGCGAGAUGUUUUUAGGCUUGCAAAGGAGAAUGCGCCUGCCAUAAUCUUCAUUGACGAGAUUGAUGCCAUUGCAACCAAGCGCUUUGAUGCCCAGACUGGAGCGGACAGAGAGGUGCAGAGGAUCCUCCUGGAACUUCUUAACCAGAUGGAUGGCUUUGACCAGAAUGUCAACGUCAAGGUGAUUAUGGCCACGAACAGGGCAGACACUUUGGACCCAGCUCUGCUACGUCCAGGUCGUCUGGACAGGAAGAUAGAGUUUCCCCUGCCUGACCGUCGGCAGAAACGCCUGGUCUUCUCCACCAUUACCAGCAAUAUGAAUCUAUCAGAGGAGGUGGACCUGGAAGACUAUGUGGCCAGACCAGACAAGAUCUCUGGAGCUGACAUAAACUCCAUCUGCCAGGAGGCUGGCAUGUUAGCAGUGCGGGAGAACAGGUAUAUCGUUCUGGCCAAGGACUUUGAGAAGGCCUAUAAGACUGUAAUUAAGAAGGACGAGCAAGAGCAUGAGUUCUACAAGUAGACAGACUCCUGGGUCUUGUGACUCUGACUUGAAACACAUGCAUAUAUAAGUAGUCCAUGACACACUUUUUUGAGCUGUCUGAAGAUUUUCAAAAUAUAUUUGAAUUGAAUCUUCCUAGUAUAGUUGAGUUUGUAUCUGUCUGUACUUCCUUGUUAAAACAGUACUCAAAAAUUACCAUUAAAGACGUUUUCCAUAAAGAAUUAA